GUUCGGCGCGUCAGUCGAGGGUGCAUACACACACUCCGCAAGUGCCACCCAGAACCGAAUCUCCUCCGCUGCAGCCGCAAGCAGCGACAGCCCCGGCGAGGCGGCGACUGAGGAGAGGAGGGGCUGCUGACAGCGGGAUCGAGCGAUGACAGCUGUCCGGCGGCAGGCGGCGGCGAAGCGGGGCGGAGGCGGCGCGGCCGGGAAGAACGCAUUGCUGGCGGCGGACGGGAGCAAGAGGUGGGGGGAGAAGUUCUUCCUGCUGUACACGCCCUUCUGGCUCACGCUCUGCCUCGGCGUCGUCGUCCCCUUCAAGCUCUACGAGAGUUUCACGGAGCUGGAAUAUCUGGUUCUUGGAUUGGUGUCAACCGUGCCUGCCUUUCUCAUCCCUCUGUUCCUCGUAGGAAAGGCAGAUAGUAUUAGAAGUUUAAAAGAUCGUUACUGGGUCAAGGCUAAUGUUUGGAUUAUAAUUUUCAGUUAUGUCGGUAACUACUUUUGGACGCAUUACUUUUUCACAGUUCUUGGUGCGUCAUAUACUUUUCCAUCAUGGAGGAUGAAUAAUGUACCCCAUACAACAUUUCUCCUGACCCAUGCCUGCUUCUUAUUUUAUCACAUGGCAUCAAAUAUGACACUUCGUAGAUUACGUCACUCUACAGCUCACCUGCCACAGUCUAUUCGGUGGUUGUUUGAAGCCGCGUGGAUUUUAGCACUCUCAUACUUCAUUGCAUACUUGGAGACCCUAGCCAUUGCAAAUUUUCCAUAUUACGAAUUCGUCGAUCGGGACAUAAUGUACAAAGUUGGAUCAUUGUUUUAUGCAAUUUACUUCCUCGUCAGCUUUCCAAUGUUCUCAAGGAUCGACGAAAAAGCAGAGAAGUGGGACCUUCCCAGGGUGGCCGUCGAUGCUCUGGGCGCAGCCAUGCUCGUCACAAUAAUACUCGAUUUAUGGCGCAUAUUUCUGGGGCCAAUCGUACCCAUCCCCGAAUCAAGACGGUGCGCACAGCCGGGGCUUGCAUGGUUCCAUGCGCAGAAUGAAAGCGUCUAAUCCAGGAACAAGAUGAAUUCUUCUGUUCCCACAUGUACCGUCGACCCCAGCCAUUGCCGCUGUCCUUCAAGAGUGUUCGCCUCUCCAUUGGAGGGAUGAAAACUGCUGAUUAAUGGAUCGAUUUGUUGUCUGCAUGUAGUAUUUGCUUCGUGCGUGCGAAUAGCGAACUGGUAAUUUGUAAGUUCAGCCUGAUCUUAGAACCUGUUUUGAAUAAGCUAGUGGCAAUGAAGAUUUGAUGUCAGCCAGAAAGUGAUUCUUGACGCA